CACCCAUCAAAAAAAAAAAAAAAAAAGGUCUCUUCUCCUUCUUAAGAAGAAGCCUCUUGGUUCAUUUCGUCCCCAAUUAUCUUCCAAACUUCACAAAAAAAAAUUCUUUAAAAAAACGAAAAAACUUUUUUUUCUUAGUAUUACCCUCGAGAUCUUGAAGCUUUGAUCAUAGGAAGAAACAAAAUUCGAAGAUCAACUUCUUUUUCUUCAAAUGGGUCUUGAUGAUUCAUGCAACACAGGUCUUGUUCUUGGUUUAGGCCUCUCACCAACGCCUAAUAAUUACAAUCAUGCCAUCAAGAAAUCUUCCACCACCGUUGACCACCGUCUCGAUCCGUCGUUGACUCUAAGCCUCUCCGGUGAGAGUUACAAGACCAAAACGGUUGAGAUGACCGUUGUCGGCGCCGGAGACCAGAUUUGCCGGCAGACUUCGUCUCACAGCGGAAUAUCAUCUUUCUCGAGCGGAAGAAUAAAGAGAGAAAGAGAAAUCUGCAGCGGCGAAGAAGAGGCGGAGGAGACGACGGAGAGAGUAGUAUGUUCGAGAGUGAGUGAAGAUCAUGAAGACGAAGAAGGUGUUAGUGCUCGUAAAAAGCUUAGACUCACUAAACAACAAUCCGCUCUUCUCGAAGAAAGCUUCAAACUUCAUAGCACUCUUAAUCCCAAGCAAAAACAAGCUCUUGCGAGACAGCUGAAUCUAAGGCCUAGACAAGUUGAAGUGUGGUUCCAGAACCGGAGAGCUAGGACAAAACUAAAGCAAACAGAAGUGGAUUGUGAAUUUUUGAAGAAAUGUUGUGAGACUUUAACGGAUGAGAAUAGAAGGCUUCAAAAAGAGCUCCAAGAUCUGAAGGCUUUGAAAUUGUCUCAACCAUUUUACAUGCAUAUGCCAGCGGCGACUUUGACGAUGUGCCCUUCUUGUGAAAGACUCGGCGGUGGUGGUGGCGCAGGCGGCGGCGGAGGUACGGUGGCGGUUGAUGGAGGAGCGGCGACAGGACCUUUCUCCAUCGUUACAAAGCCUCGGUUCUACAAUCCUUUCACUAAUCCUUCUGCAGCUUGUUAAUUACUUAGUAAUCAAUUUGUUUUUGGUUAUUUUUAAUAUAUAUCCAAUUAGUUAGAAGGUUGGGAAAAUAUUAAGGGGGGGAAAUGGGGUAUAGUCUUUAUAGAUAAGACUCUUCAGCGAUUCCACUUUUGUUUUUCGGUGGGAUUGUUGGUUAAUCAAGAAAAAAAAAGUAUGUAAUUAUAGUUUUUAUUUGUAGAGAAAAAAGGAAGAUAAUAGUACUACUUCUUUUGUUCUUUUCUUCAGAUAUAUUAUUAGUAUAAUUUUGGUUGUAAAAAACAUGAAUAUACUACUAUUUUAAUAUUUUUUGGUGCAAACAAACAUGAAUGAUAUUAAAGAUAAUAAUUUUGUGUACUA